UUUUAUUGUAAUUAAAGAUUUUAGCCAACAAAUGUACAAUCGGUUGACUUGAUUAUAUAUAUUUUUUAUAUGAUAUGGCUCCACCUGUGAAAAUAAUUGUGGACAGUGGAGGCAGCGAUAGGAGCAGUCGCAGCAAUGCAACCGGCGCUGUGCCCAAACAACAGCAGCAGCAACAGCAACAACAACAAACAAAUGGAAAUGCACCUACUGGCGCAACAACAAAUUCGACGAUUGGGGCAACUACAGCGGGAGCGGGACUAGCACAAGCAACAACAACAACAAGCACAGCUAACCGGACGGCGCGUUCCAGAAGGCAACAGGAGCAUCUAGGAGAUAUGCAGGAUAUGGAGUUAGGACAACCUGAAAGAGAAGCCUUUAGGACAUUAAAUGAUUUAUUACAAAGGACGCGUAUCAGUAACGGUAAAAUCCAUACCCUUGAGCCCCAUCACCAGCAGCUGCAGCAGCAACAGGCGCAAACGCCAACUACAACAACAGUCAUAUCCAUACAGCAACAACAAAGGGAGGCACUACGUCAAUUGGCCGAUCACACAAGUUACGAUCCAACAGAUCAUUUGCAGGAGCAGCAACAACGUUAUUGCUUUCCUGUCCGUCCAGUGCAACGUGUGCAGCAUCAACAGCAGCAACAACAACAACAACAGCAACAACAGCAGCAGCAACAAUCUUCAGCGGGUUUGUUACGUUUGCGUCAAUCGACGCCACCGAAUGCCACCGUAGGCGUUGUUAUACCCAACGCCACCAUCAACGGUAACAAUAACAGUAGCAGCAACACCACCAACAGCAAUACAUCCAUCAACAAUAGUAACAGCAACAACAACAACGACGAGGAGGAAGAGGACACAUCGAUACAAUUUACCCAAGGUUUGCAAUCACUUGUCCAGCGUCUAUUUGGCGCUGCAUUGCAACCAAGAAGUACAGAAGCCGCACGCCUGCAAGUGGAAAUCUUAAGAUCAUUGUUAUUACGACCGGAAGAUAGUUUGAAUAGCGGCAGCAGCAGCAACAACAAUAUGGUGCAUGAGAAUAAUCCCAGUGCUGAGCAUCAACAGCAUCAGCAGCAAGAUGAGGGCAUAGUGAAUUCCACUAGCCUAGAGGAUGUUGCAUUGAGUGAAAUGAGCGACAAUCGAGCCCAAUCGAUACAAUCGUUGCAUAGUGUCCUAGAUACUCCCACACCAGAUACAGCGCCCACUUUCGAUGAGCUGCAACAGCGUUUGGAGGCCUCCAACCGGAAUAUGCAACAUUUGCAGGAUGAGCAACAGAAGCUGCUACAAAUACAGAAUAUGGCUAAAUCGCAUCUAAAUGAAAUGGAACAUUUGCGCCUCCAAGCAGCUCGUAUGCCAGCGAAUGGUAGUGCCGAGGCACCAAAUUAUGAGUCCGUGCAACAGGUGCAGGAUGACAUGGCCUCGUUGGUGGGCAGAAUGAAGAACCUGACGGCCUUCAUACACAAUCAAAACGAACUGAGCAGUGUCCUGGGCGAUGAUGGACCCGAAAUUUUAGCCGAACAGCAGGCACUGCAAGAAAAAUUAGAAUCUCUACGCAGUCAACGUGAGGAUAUGAGAAAUCUCGUUGAUGAGCUUAAUAGCAUCAAUAGAACUGCAAAGGAGGCGAACAAAGCGCGAAGGGAGAAUCAAAAUCAGAGAGAAGAGGCGGCGUCCACAUCACAGAAAGCAACUCAAGCUCAAGCUGCACCAGCAGCCGAGCGUGUUGUGCCUGUGGAGUAUGUGCAGACCAGAAGAGCUCCAGUUUCUGCUGCUCCUGUUGCUGCUGCUUCUUCUUCAGUUAAUGAACGCAGUGUUCCAAUCAUCAGGCAAGAGGCAGCCAGUGCGGCUCAGCGAGCAUUACAAGCUCAGGUCUUGAUACAGCAAAAGACCGCGGAUAUUGAUGCUCUGAAAUCCCAAAUGGCUAGACUCAAAAGCAUGUUGAACACGGUAACACAAAUCGAAGAAAGUACCCCCAAUGUGGUGGGCGAGAGUCUGGAGAGGGAGGAUGGGGAUAUGACCAAUGAAAUCUCUGAUCGUGUACAUGCGCUCAAUGAUGUGACAUCUGAAUUGCGUGCCGAGGCUGCCUCACUGCAGAAGGAGCGCGAUAGAAUACUCUCCCUCAAGGCAGAGAUCGAGAGACGAAAGCUUCAGGCAGCAGCUGCUGUCCAGUUGGGAGAAGAAGCACUUAAACGAAGCAGCUUAACACCAACACCCACUCCAGGCCGCCAGAGAGAAAUACAGCAGGAGCAGGAGGAGGAGGAAGAAGAGGAGGAGGAAGCGCAAGAGGAAAUAGAGACUCCGUUGCAAACAACACCCACGCGUCAACAGCUGCGAGAUGAAUUGCGUGUGCAGUGUGAACGCCUGCGCAAGGAAUACGAAGCCAAGCAACGUGAAUUGGAGCAACAAUACAAUCAUCGGCACAAUAACAACAACAUCAAUAAUAACACCACAUCGGAGGCCGAUGAUGAGGGCAACGAUGAUACGGAUAGCGAUAAGUAUUUUGUGCAAGGGCGCACUGCCUCAUCAGCUACCCUGAAACGUACACCCUCAUCCUGUACAGUCGUUGAGCCCCGAUCCUUGAAUCAAUCUACACGAGACGAGGAUCUAAAUGUCACAAUUGACAGCUUAUCCCUGGGUAAUGAUAGUCUACCAUCGAGCAGCAAUAGAUCCCAAUACAUGCCGCCACCCAUGCAACCGGUGCAAGGAAUGUGGGCUACUCACAAUGCUGGCCUUGCCUGGUCAACGCAUGGACAGCAGCCGAUCUAUGCACCAAAUGCUGGAGGCGGCAACAUAGCUGCCCCAGCUCCUGCACCUGCUCCGGCGCCACCACCAACACAUACCGGCGCAGCUACAAAUGCCCCUAACACGAAUCCACCCACAUCGGAUGCAGUUCUGCUGCAGCAAUUCUUACAAACCCAACAGAUGCUUAUCAAUUCGGUAUGCCAAUGCAAUCAGACGUUGUGGCAUCAGCAAAGAGAGAUCGAUAGUCUCAAUAGCCAAUUGCAUGCGCUGCAAGAUCGUUUCAGUGUAGUUGUGCCCAUGCAGGAUCAUGGCUUUGGUCUGCGUGCCGAAUCAGUGCCGCCACCGCCACCACCCACACUCGGCCUAGGGCAAAUGCCCAAUAAUUUAUGCUUGGGCGGCGGCGGAGCCAGCAAUCGUGCCCAGUCGGAGCAAUUGUUUAGCUUUGGUGCCCAUCAGAGCGCUUUUGCCAACUAUCAGCGUAAUAGCCAUCGAAAUGUUGGCACGGCGUCCAGUGUCUAUAGCAAUAGCAGUGAUGCUCAUGUCCAGCAGCAGACUUUCCUUAAUAAUGCAGCACCGCCGACGCAGGCUCCGCCGACCACGCAUUACAAUAAUGAGACACCAUUGUCGCCGCAUUCGUAUCGCGCCAGUCCGGGUCCGAUAUUUAUGAAUCAUCACAACAAUACGAUCCACCAGAAUAAUGCCAAUUUGCGUACACAGAAUCAGCAUGCGAACAAUUUGCAUUCAUUGCCAGAGGUGGUGCCUGGCGGUGGUGCACCGCCUCCACCCACAUUGAACAAUCAAGUGCCACCGGGAAAUCGAGCCAACAACUAUUGGGAUAAUUUCAGAAGCUACUCGCGCCAGAAUUUGCUAUCCAACAAGAGCAACGAAGAGCUCAAUGUGGACCAGCAGCAGCAAUAUCGCCAGAUGCAAAGACAACGAGCACGGCUCAGUUAUUUUCAGUCACACGGCGGUCCAUCAAGUCAUGGUCGGAGCACUAGCAGCGGCAGUUGCCUGCCGCCACCACAACGUCGUCACUUUUUGGAUUCUCUGCAACAACAUCCGCAGCAGCAGCAGCAACAACAACUCCAGGUGCCAUUGCAUGCUGCUGGCGGGAGUAGCAACAAUUUGAACAACAGUGGUGGAAGUGGAGGAGCCGCCUGCAGUGGAGGCGGGCGUAAACGCGAUUGGCGUGAUGAUGCGCCGCUGGAUCAUGACGACGAUCUGGAUGUGGAUGACGAGGAGAGUAACGAGAAUAUUAUGUAUCGCCGACGAAAUCGACGUCGUCCACAAUUUGCCGCAUUGAGAGAUGAGGAUACCGAGCAUUCGAAUUCCUCCAAUUUGCUCAAUAUGAAUGUCAACUAUGGCAACAGUCCAUUGUAUCAGCAACGGAAUAAAGUACCAGCGAAACCGACCACAUCCACGGUGUCCCUGACUCCGUUGCAGCAGCGGCAAUUGCGUUUUGAUUUCGAUUUACCCACCACACAACAGUAUGUGCCCACCAGCAGUGGUCAGUAUGUUCUGCCUGAUGUACCACUUGAUGCACCACCCACCACUUAUAAUCUAGCCAACACCCAAGAGACUGUAACAGAUGAAUCCAAUGUUUUGGAGCAAAGCGAAGAGACCGCUUCAGAGGAAUUGAAUCGCAAUCUGCUAGUGAAUGCAUUGAAAAAUGAUAAAUUUACGACGAAAUUCUAUGAAUCGAUUAAGGAAGAUGUCUAUAGAAGAUUGGAGAUACUCUUUGAGCAGCAGCAACAGCAAUUGCAACAACAACAGAGCCAACAGGCAACGAGGGAACAACAGGAGCAACAGAUAAAUGGUAUGGAUCUACAGCCACAACAACCACCUCAGCAAUUAUACAAUGAAAUCCGAAAGACUCUCAAUCAAGGGACAACAACAUCAUCGCUCACAAAUGAUCGACAAGAGAACGGUUUGGAUAAUGACAAUGAAUUGUCCAAUGCAGCGGCGGAGGCCACAGAAAGUCGCAGUGAAACACCAUUGGAGAUGCGAUUGGAAAAUGAUAGACCAGAGGAUGAGGAGGAGCAACAGCAACAGCAGCAGCAACAACAACAUAUCAAAGCAAGCGAAACUAAUCAAAUGGAACAUGAUCAAGAGUUAGGUGAGGCAGCAGCAGCAGCAGCAGCAGUUCCAGCCAUCAAUAUUCUAGAAAUCCAUGAGGAAAUAAACGCUAGCGGAGUGACCAUAGAUUCCAGUAGUACUACAGUGGAUGUUACGCUCCAAUUAACGCCGGAUCACGAGUUGAUAGAGUAUAUAAUCAAACGCAUACGCAAUCAGACACAUAACAAUACCGUUAUCAAUGAUUCCCUACUUGCCGAGGUAUCCAAAUUGACUGCAACAGCAGCCCAGAAUUCAGCUGCCCAUUGGGUGCCGAAUGCCACAUCGCCGUUGAUCUCACCCAAGCGUAUUUAUACGAAAAUUAAGAAAAUGGAUAUGCCGCGACAACGUGAUGAAUUCCUACUUUGGUAUCGGUCAUAUUUGGAGCAGCUAUUCGUAGUGGAGCAUCCCACUACAAAAUGCUGCAAGGCCAAAGAAAAGGACAACAGCAGCAGCAGUAGCAAUUCAAGGAAACAGCUGAACAAACGUGUACGUGCCCAAUCUCAAUCUCAAUCGCAGGACUCAAAUAACGAUGCCGAUUUGGCUGAGGCAGAUCAAAAAAAUCAAUCAUCAUCGAAUGGCGGUGGUGGUGACGUCAUGGAUUGUGAAAAUAAUGAGAAUCCUGAGGAAGAGGCGGGCAAAGGUGGAAGCGGCGGCGGCGACGCUGCUCCCGGUGAAGUAGCUGAAGAAGAUUCAGUAGCCAAUAGGGCAAAUGGUAGUGUGGUACUAGAAACAGUUAUUAGUACUCAAGAUAUCAGUUUGGAUUAACCUGGAGACCAGAGUGAAUCCAAAUACAAAAACUAAAGACAUUCCUAAACAGAAAAGAAUCUAAAACUCCCCUCCCAAGAAAUAUCUUAAGAUAUUGGUAAAUUAUUUUUCGUUAUAAUUCUUUCAUUGCCCAAAUAUGUAUUUCAGUUUUUAUUAAAUUAUAUAACAGUUAAUAUAUAUAAUA